UAAGAUACCAGUUCAUCCGUCUAACGCCAAAUCGAGAAGAGUGUGUGUAUGUGUGUGUGUACUCUUGCUCUGAGAUUCGUAUGGAAAAUACCAAUACAUCUAUCUGUGUGUGUAUCGCAUUUUGUAUGUGAUUCGCUCUACAUGGGAAUCUUCCACAUAUCUAUUCUAAGAGGCGUGGUAUAUACUCGAAUAUAACCGGCGUUUCUCAAGAUUGUCAACGCAUCCCAUUUGUUCAAUCGCCUGAAUGAAGAUGACGUCACAAUUUGUCACGCUUGUGAUAGCGGUAAUCGUCUGCUCUUUCGCAGUCGUGAAUGCACAAAACAAUACAGAUUCGAGUAAUGCUACCGAUGGCCCAAGCCCGGUAACGCCACCCCCUUCGACCCCCCGACCACCCGUUUCAUCGGCACCCCCUCCCAAUGAAGGGACUACGGCAGCAGCAGGCACUGUUACAUAUGCACCUGUAGACGGAGACGAUGGCAAUGAUACGGACGGCGAUGGUGAUGGUGAUGGUAUGGAGGGCGACGGCGAUAUGGACGGACAUAAAGGAAAAGAUGAUGACGAUAAAGACGGAGGUGGAUUGAAUGAUGGUCAAAUAGCUCUUGCCAUUCUUGCAACUUUACUUAUUUUGGGAGCUUUGGGGACCUUUUUUGGACUGUGUUACUGGAAAUACAGGGGAACUUCAUACGUCACGGUAACAUCAGAGACGACAUACAAGCAAUAGCACCAACCCUGUCCCCUUAUUAUUCAACAAUUUCAGUAUAUUAUGGUAUCACGUGUAGCAAUAACGUCAUCAAUAAAAAGCAGAUCUAUUUGGUCAAUCUAUACGUUGUACAUUAAAGCGUCUUUCUGUACUCAUUCAAUACAAGAUAAGUUGCCUUGCGAUAAACGGAACAUUUCCAAUUUAAGUUGGGAGAUUAGAAAACCGAAAGCGUUCCAAUCAUUUUUUUACCUGAUGUUCUUGUAUGUCCGCCAGCAGUGACCGUUGUUUCUAAUUUCUUUACAUUGCUAAUUUGCAACGAGGGAGCCAAAAUAAAAAAAAAAAAUGAAUUGAAAAUGUUAAUAUGAUAGGAGUUAGAAGUCAAUCUUUUUUCAAUCUUUUUUUUGGUCCACAAACACAGUCGUAUAGAUCGAUAAGAGUUUGGAGUUUAUACGACAAUUUUCGUUGGAACGGUCUAUGUGUUUGUUAAAGUGCUGGUUGGUCAGCUGAAAUGGUUGUUGAUACAGCAACUCCUAAUCGGUAUUGCUGGCUGGAAAGUUUCAUCUAUUACUUCGGCAACUUCAAUGUAACAUCAUUUCAACUCAAAAGGGUAAAGGUGGCUCUUUCACAGUCAUAAACGAUAACGUGACAGAUCGACUUAUUAAUUUCUUGAUAUUCAUAUCAAUACAUUCGUAUGGGAACUCAGAGCUGGGGCCUUUAGUGUGAAAUAAUUUAAGUGUUCGCCAAAUAUGGCAGUUGCGAUUCCCUUACGAUUUAAGAGCUGUUAUAACUCUACUUUCUGCUAAUUUACACUUAACUUUUCAUAAUAUUGUGGAGUUCACGAUGAUUAUCUCUUAUGUAUUCCGAAUUAAAACAAAGAGGCUUGUUGUACUUAUUAAUAUUAUAUUAUUAAAAUAGUGUUGAAUGCGGCCUUUUAAGUAUUUCUCAUCAAUUCAAUAUUUUAUGAUGAUAUUAGCCGUAGUUGUUUCGUCGGGUAGAAACUGACUUUUGAAUUACAUAUGAUAAAAAACAAACAACAAAAGUCCAUGUACCAUGUUUGUAGCAAUAUUUUGUGUCUAUGUUGAGCGGUGAAUGAAUUCAUUGCUAUAAUGCAAUUUGAUACAACACGGUGCUGUGUAUACCAUAAAUAUAUAUUGGUUAUAAUCAAACUAUAUUUCUAUGGUGUAGACCUAUUUCUUGGCAUUUGUGGAAUCUUUUGCAAGCAGGCGCCAAACUACAUCAUUACGAUUGUUUUGUGCCUGUAAACACCCUAAAUUUAAAAAGAGUAAUAAAAUGGCGGGAAAAGUGUGGUAUUUUACAGAGAAAAAUCAGAUGCCUUGGGUCAUGUGUUUUAAGAAGCGAAUGGUUGAAGUCCAACUUUCGUAAACUCUGGUCGGCAGAAGCAAAAAUAUAAUUAAAAAAUAGCUUUUGGAUAUGAUACAGUAUGACGCUUUCAAACCUUAAUUUAUCUUUAAAGCACACCCCAAAAAAAAGCAGAUACUAAGUGAAUGGAGCGUGAUAGUCACAAUGUUGGAUUUCGUUGUUUGCGAGAAACUAAUCUUUCACGAAAUUUUGAUAGACGUCGUAGUACAAUUACAUUCAUUUUGUCAUCACAUCAUUGUUCCUUACAU